AUGUUGCACGCUCUGCGUAAUGCGCGAUCUGCUGUUAAGCCGGCACGGGCGUUUGCUGGCCAGGUGCGCAACUUGUCGAUUCACGAAUACCAAUCGAUGGAGCUCUUGAACGCUUAUGGAAUACCCACGCCCGCCAGUAAAGCUGCCAAGACCCCGCAAGAGGCAUACGAUGUCGCAAAGAACUUUGGCAAAGAUGGACUCGUGAUCAAGGCCCAAGUUCUCGCAGGGGGUCGUGGAAAGGGCAGAUUCGACACUGGGCUACAGGGUGGUGUGCACAAAGUCAGCAGCCCAGACGAGGCCAAGGACCUUGCAUCCAAAAUGAUCGGGUCGAAACUCAUCACCAAGCAAACUGGUGCUGCCGGACGUAUCUGCAACGCCGUCAUGCUCGCUGAGCGACGUGACCCAACGCACGAGUACUAUGUUGCUGUGCUCAAUGACCGAAACACGGGUAGUCCUGUGAUUGUCGCUUCUGCGCAGGGUGGUAUGAACAUUGAGGAGGUCGCUGCCAAGGACCCAAGUGCGAUUAUUACCACACCUGUGGACUACAAGAAUGGUUUGAGCAAGGACUCUGCGCUCGAGCUGGCUGGAAAGCUCGGGUUGAAGGGACAGCAAGCCGAGGGUGCCGCUGAGAUCUUUGUUAAUUUGACAAAGAUCUUCAGGGAAAAGGACGCGACUCAGAUCGAGAUCAACCCAAUGGCGACUACGGCUGAUGGUGCAGUACUUUGCAUGGAUGCCAAGUUUGGCCAGGAAGAUCCUACGGAAGUCGAGGCGGCCAAGUACAACUUGAACUUCAUCAAACUCGAUGGAAACGUCGGGUGCCUUGUAAAUGGCGCGGGUCUCGCUAUGGCUACCAUGGACGUUCUCAAGCUGCAUGGAGGCGAUCCUGCAAACUUUUUGGAUGUCGGAGGAGGAGCGACACCCGAUACAGUCAAGAAGGCAUUUGAGCUUCUUCUCUCAGAUAAGAAGGUUACCUCGAUCUUUUUGAAUAUCUUUGGUGGCAUUAUGCGUUGCGACUACAUUGCCGAGGGUGUCAUCAAGGCCACGAAGGAGCUCCAGCUCACUGUCCCUCUUGUUGUGCGCUUACAGGGAACAAAAGAGAAGGAGGCAAAACAACUUAUCAAGGACUCUGGUCUCAAAAUCUACGCCUUUGACGGUCUCGAUGAGGCUGCUGCCAAGGCUGUGGAACUCGAGCAGCUCGAUAGCAAGCUAUUUCGAAGCAAAUCCCUCUGGACGCCUCCGCGGUCACGAGGCGUAUUCGGUGGCCAAGUAAUUUCUCAGGCAUUAGUAGCCGCAACGCGUAGUGUGGAGAAGGGAUUCUCAAUUCAUUCUCUCCAUUGCUACUUUUUGAUGUCUGCGGAUGCGUCGGUGCCCAUUAUCUACUACGUCGAGCCUAUCCGUGAUGGCUGCGCAGAAUGGGAGAUGGAUUUUCAUGCUCACUUGCUCAUUCCAACGCCCGGAGCACGGACAACCAUCUCACCAAUGGGCGAUGCCGAGGAACGUCCCAGCCCCGAGAUUGCCCCUACCAGGAAGACGUGUUCAAGAAAUAUUCCGAAAAGCCAGGCCUCAGUGAUGACAUUCGUCAAAUGUGGAUACAAUACGCAGAGGAAGCGUAGCCCUAUCGCCAUUAAACCCGCUGGUUCUAUUACUACACCAGACGGACUUGUUCAGAGUAUGUAUUGGAUGCGGGCCAAGAACGCUCCUACCAAGUUCCAGGCGGAUUUUCAGAAGUGUGUUCUCGCAUACAUGUCAGAUUUGAACUUCAUUGGAGUCGCAGCUCGUAGCACGGGUCUACACAGUGGGGCAGCACCACCGAAUAGACUCGGUAUGAUAUCUUCCUUGGACCAUACUAUCUGGUAUUAUGAUCAUGAUUUCGAUUGCAAAAAGUGGUUGCUUUUCGUGACCGUUUCACCUCGCAGUGGCCUCGGAAGGGGUGUCGUCCAUGGUCGGGUUUACACACAAAAAGGCACUCUUAUCGCUGUCGUAACGCAGGAGGGCGUAGUACGAGCAGAUUUGGCGCCGAGGAAACAUUUGAGCAAAACAACCAUGGAUGAGGACGAAAUUAUCGACGUAGUUGCCACAGAUCCUGCGCCUAUCGGCGCCCCUCUGACUAUAGAUACCAAUAGCUUCUACUCUGCUCCAUCUCCGUUACAAACACCGAAUACCUUACUUUCUGGUCGCCCUCGACGCGAGUCCGCUGGUAUUCGCCGUGCGUCUAUGAGCUAUGACCCAGAUGCUUGGGAGCCCAACCGUUCUCGUGCGGCCAAUCGUGCGGCCAAGGCAAAAAUCAAGAAUAUUCAGGCUACUGGAGUCACACCAAAAGUCAAGCUGAAGCUGACCGAGAAGUCUUUGACUGCGAAUGGAGGUGGGAUGAGCUUCAUGGGGUCAUACGAUCGAGAACUCGAUUCAGACGAAGAUGAAGACCUUGUCUUUGAGGAACAAUUCAUUCUCAGGAUGCCUCCUGGUGAUGAUUGUGAGUGUCUCAGGAGAAUGGUUCAGGCGAGGGACGUCAAAGAUGAUGUUUGGUUCAAGUUCAAAGAUUCACGUCGAGCGGUUUUCCACAUUGGAGGUAACACGUACAACGCCAAACUCGUCGAUCUUCCUGCUAUUAUCGAGUCCCAGAAAACCUUGGAUAACAGACAGAUGUACAAGGUGGCGGAUAUAUGCCAGAUGUUGGUUGUUGAAGAUAAAAUAAUUUCAGAUGAACCGUCAUCGAAAGGGACAUUUAACAUUGAAGAUUACAUCUGGCCCCAUGGCCUGACACCCCCAAUGCAACAUGUGCGCAAGCGUAGGUUUAGGAAGCGAGUCAAUCGCACAACUAUCGAGACAGUCGAAAAAGAGGUCGAACGGCUACUGGACACAGACUCUCAAGCAACUAAUGUUAAAUACGAAAUUCUUGAGGACGUUGGGGGCUCGGAGGCAGCUACUCCAGGCGCUGGAAUGGAUAUGUUCGACGGAGAGGACGGAUAUCAGGAUGCAACCGGGAUGGCAGCACAGCAAGAGGACGACCUAUUCGAGCAAGAGCUGCAAGCAGAACUUGCAAAAGGUCUCGGGGAGGAGUCCGACGAUGAUGAUGAUGACGAUGAUGAGGAUCAAGAAGAAGAGAGUGAGAGCGAGGAGGACGGCGAUGAGGAAGAGGACGAAGAAUUCGUUCGCACUAGGAAGCUCUUGAACGAAGAAAUUAGGGAUCUGGAGGCUGCCGUAGCGAAGAAAGAGCAAGAUAUUUCAGGAACACAAAAUAUCCUUAUCAAGCGUCGAUUCGAAGAUGCGCUUAAGAAACUCAAGGCCGAUCUCGAAGCAAAGGUUGCGCAGAGGGCCGGAUUGCUUUCUGCCAAGGACAAAGCCGAAGCAGCAGCAGCAGCCUCCGAAGAGGAAGAGGAAGAAGAUGAGGAGGAGGAGGAGGAGGAAGAGGAUCCUGAGGUCCUCGAUGGAGAGGAACAGCCAGUAGUUCUCAAUGUUGGCGGAAUCCCAACUGUUAUCGGAAAUCAGGGGGGCGUAGACUCUAGGGAGAUGUCAACGCCUAGGGGAGAUCUUGAUGUCGAGAUAGGUACCCCGGUGCCUUCCCAGCCGGGUACUCCUGCUCCAGACGGAAUGGAUAUUGGCUAA